AUGUCCUCUGGCCAAACCCCAUUGAACAUGGAAUUGUGGUUCCGAGUCCAGCAAGAAUACUAUCUGCGACAGCGCGAAGAUCAUCUCCAACAAGUCGAGGGUCUUCCGAGCUUUGUUCCACGCGGAUCAUGGAAGUCUGUUUUCACCUCCGAGGAGCUGAGAAGCCGGGGUCUCAUGAGCUUCAUCUCGCUGACAGAUGAGUCUGAUGACUACACAUGGAAGCGCGUCUCUGGAGAACUUAAUGGCCGUGGGAAGAUGGUCAUCUUAUGGAUUAUUCUUUGUCAUGGGAGCUUGACCAUGUUGGACUGUUUUAAGACACUGGAGAUAUGUGACAGCCAACUUCCCAUUGACAGCCAUCUGGCCCGGGCAGUUUUCGCGGACACUGUUUCGGGAGAUGUUUUCUAUGAAUUUCAAUUUGCUUUCUCGGCUCGGGUCCUCCGAGAAGGAUAUUUUGCUGAAGUGAAGGAGCCCUCGAGGGCCGAGAAGAGAUCUCUUAUGCCUUACAUGGAAGAGUAUCCUCUUGGAAGGGGUGCCUAUGGCGUCGUUGCCGCGGUCAGAAUCUACUCGGGUCAUAUUCAAUAUGAAGGCCCAGGCCGACCGCAAAGCACGGAAUCGACGAUCCUUGCACGCAAAAAAUUGAUUGGAAAUGAAGCUGGUGAACACUACUCUACCGAACUGCACUUCAUCAACUGGCUUCAGCAGAUCCGCGAAAAGCCUCACAGAAAUAUCAUGACUCCGUUCUGCGGCUAUGGACAUUUUGUGAACAAUGUCAUGACCUGGAAUGUCUUUUAUGAACGCGCACAGUGUAGUCUCAAUGACUAUCUGGCCCACGACAGUCACUUUCCCAUGACGUCCAAGAGCAGGCUUGAGCACAUCCGUCAGAUGGUUCACGUUGCCGAGGCCUUGCAGUGGCUUGCCGCGAAGACAGAAUCCUGGCGCGAUGGGUUUGUUGAGUCAAGCUACUACCACUGUGAUCUCAACCCAAACAACAUUCUGGUUUGCGUGCGCAAUGAUAGCCCCAAUGGACUGAUCUUCAAGAUUGGCGACUUCGGUCGUGCAUUACGACAUUCUCGUCCGUUAGAGCCGGGUCGCACACACAAUCGAGAUGGCUCGAGUGCAGUCAGAGUACAUUCCUUUGAAUCAAUGUGCAGUGCCCCAGAGAUGUCGGGUAGUGACCCCUUUGUGGACCAAAAGACUGAUGUGUGGUCGUUUGGCUGUGUUCUUUUGCUCGUUCUUGUCUUCAACACCUAUGGCGUUGCUGCUGUGGCAGAAUUCAUCGCCAGUCUGGCCAGAAGAUCCGACGACGACAGCUUUUGGCUAGUGGAGGAAGGGAGGUGGAAGUCGCCCACGUUGAAGACAGAAGUUUUGAAUUGCAUGCAACAACUCCGCGACCUGACCCAGGACAACACUGACGGGGCUGUGGUUGAUGGCCUUCUCACAAUGUUGAAGAAGGAGGUUUUCCAGACCAAGCCCAAGUCGAGGGCCAAAAUUGAUGAAUUGCUCAAGCAAAUGCAGAGGAUAUACGCCAGCAAGGAUCAAGUUAUGCCCAAGGAAGAAGCACGGACGGCAGAGUCAGACUACCUUCUCUGCGCCCAGUCGCCUCAGGGAGAAUUCGAACUUUUCCACGGAAGAAGAAACGGGCAUACCUUGUUCAUUUGGCGCUUUGGAUGGGUUGGCCCUCUACACAAACUACGACCCAUGAGCCCUCCUACCACGGACACAGUCACGACACCGCGCACCAUUUCAUACUCGGACUCUUGCGGAAAUGACAAGAUCUGUCAAGUCAUUUCCAACCGAGAUCUGUUCGAAGUACUUCUCUAUUCGAUACCAACCCCUCCCCAUACAAGAGUUAUUCGAGACUUCAUCACUUUGUUUGGCUUCGACUAUGCUUCAUCCAUAGCCCUCUCGCCAGAUGGAAACUUCCUCGCCAUCGACACCACAACCAACAACACACGAAGGCUUCGACUGUUUGAUAACCCGAUCCUUGCCGCCAGUGGUGCCCCCCGAAUUGUCACCAACAGGACUGAGCGCUCCAUUUUACGACAAAUUCAAGUCAAAGCCGGCACUCACAAGAACCUAUGCUCAGGAGUCUCGGGUCCUACGAUUUCGAGGAACUGA